UUUUGUCGUAAACAGUCGGGCUUCAAUGUGUGUAACACCGGUGUUUGGAGUUUUGCUGACUGCUACUGAGUGACGCUUCGUGACUUUUGCAGCAACUGUAUCGCAGCUCAACGGUGUCCACCUGGAGCUCCGAGCUGGGCGUCAUGGGGGAUAAUAUUAUCAUCAGGGUGCAGUCUCCAGAUGGGAUGAAGAAAAUUCCUUCUACCAAAAGAGAGACGGCAGCUGCUUUUCUGAAAAAGGUGGCCAAAGAGUUUGGGUUUAAUUCCAAUGGCUUUUCGGUUUAUCUGAACCGCAACAAGACCGGAGAGAUUCUGUCCCAGAACAAAACACUCAGCUUGCUAAAGAUCAAGCAUGGGGACAUGUUGUUUCUGUUCCCCUCUGCGUCCUCCUCCUCUUCAGGGGAAGGAAUGGACACGGCGACCUCGCACUCAUCUUCAUCCCUGCCGUCUAUAUCAUCCUCCUCUUCAUCCUCCUCUUCGUCCUCGUUAAUCCCUCGGUCAUCCUCUGCACCACAGGUACAGGAGGAUGAGAUAGAUCAGUAUCUGGCCAAGCAGGACGGCAAGAUCUACAGGAACAAAGACCCCCAGCUAUGUCGUCAUGGUGCCCUUGGAAAAUGCGUGCACUGUGUACCGUUAGAGCUUUUUGACGAAGACUAUCUGAACCACCUGGACCCGCCGGUGAAGCACAUGUCUUUCCACGCGUAUCUUCGCAAACUGACCGGUGGAGCUGAUAAAGGGAAGUUUGCAGCUCUGGAGAACAUCAGCUGUAAGAUAAAGUCAGGAUGUGAGGGUCAUCCUCCCUGGCCUGAGGGAAUCUGCACCAAGUGCCAGCCCAGCGCCAUCACUCUGAACAGACAGAAAUACAGACAUGUCGACAACAUCAUGUUUGAGAAUCACACCAUCGCCGACCGCUUCUUGGACUUCUGGAGGAAAACGGGCAGUCAGAGGAUGGGUUACUUGUAUGGACGGUACACGGAGCACACAGACAUCCCGCUGGGAAUCCGAGCUGAGGUUGCUGCCAUCUAUGAGCCCCCACAGACUGCGACCCAGAACAGUCUGGAACUGUUGGAGGAUCCCAAAGCUGCAGCUGUAGAUGAAAUCGCUGCAAAACUGGGGCUCUGCAAGGUGGGCUGGAUCUUCACAGACCUGCUGUCUGAGGAUACCAGGAUAGGAACCGUCCGCUACUCAAGAAACCAGGACUCCUUUUAUCUGAGCGCUGAGGAGUGCAUCACGGCUGGAUAUUUCCAGAACCAACACUCAAACCCCUGCAAGCUUUCUAGAGACGGGUUCUUUGGAUCCAAGUUUGUGACCGUCGUUGCUACAGGAGGUCCAGAUAAUCAGGUCCACUUUGAAGGUUACCAGGUAUCCAAUCAGUGCAUGGCUCUGGUCAGAGAUGAAUGCCUGCUGCCCUGUAAAGACGCCCCUGAGCUCGGCUACGCCAAAGAGUCCAGCCCGGAGCAAUAUGUUCCCGACGUUUUCUACAAGGAUAAAGAUAAGUUUGGGAAUGACGUCACGUUUCUGGCUCGGCCUCUUCCUGUCGAGUACCUAAUCAUAGACAUAACCACGACUUUCCCAAAGGAUCCUCAGUACACCUUUACAUCCACACAACGCUUCCCGAUUGAAAAUCGCGACAUCCUCGGAGAAACACAAGAUUUCCACAGUUUAGCCACGUACCUGUCCCAGUGCUCCUCUGUGUCAUUCCUGAACAUCGUCUCAGACUUCCAUUUGCUCCUCUUCCUCGUCACCAACGAAGUCAUGCCUCUGAGGGACAGCAUCGGCCUUCUCCUGGACGCAGUGAAGACGUCCAAUGAGGAGCUGGCGCAGACCUGGAAGAAGUCCGAGCAGUGGGCCACCAUCGAGCAGCUCUGCAGUACGGUGGGCGGGCAGCCAUCCAGCUCUCUGGCUUACGAGGCGAUGGGCGGUCCUGCGGCUCCAGCCUCCUCCGCCGCCAUGUGGUCCUGCCCCCACUGCACCUUCAUGAACCAGCCCGGCACAGAGCACUGUGAUAUCUGCAGCCUGCCCCGCAGUUAAAAACCCUCCACAGAACUUCCACGCUGAAAGUCCUCCCUUCACACGAUCCAGCCGAAAGAUUCCAACAACCACCUCAUCAUAAUUUUUUUUUUUGUCCAGCUCCGACUGGCUGCUGCAGGCUCAGAAGGAUGCGCUUGUUUACCCAAUCUUUAAAAAAGAAAGUUGACUUUGACACGAUUUAAUAUGGUUUGUAAUAUUCUCCCUCCUUUCCGCAGCUCUCCUCUGUUUGGAGCAUCAACUGUUCAGAUAUUUUCCAUAAUAAGUCGAAUAAAGCCUGCUGUGAUUUAGAAGGACAGCAAAGACCCAACUUUCACAUCUUUCUUCACAUUUGCGCUCAUUUCCUUCUCACAGGGACUCUUAAAGAAUCUUGAUGCGUAUAAAUUCCUUUGAUGCUGUUAUUUAAUUGAGUUUUUUUUAUUAUUAUUAUUACCAGAUUGUAGCGUGUAACUUAAUUUUGAUUCUUCAGAUCGCACUCGCUCACAGCUCUGGAAAAUUCCUCACAGUACAAUCGCUCCCCUUAAACUCGGACCUCAGAAGCCUCAGAGCUGCAGAGAAAAUCCAGCUUCAUGCUCCACAGUUUAUAUUUUUAGUGGUAAAUUCAGUCACCAGUUUUGAGAAGUGGCUUCUAUUGAUAGCAGAAAGAAGGUCCGGUUAGUUUUAACUCUACUGGUUUGAACUUGAGCAGCAGAAUAUGUAGCUUAUUUAAUCGCUAGUUAAUUUCCUCUCCUUUUGCUGCGAGGUGCUCUAGAAACAACUGGUGCUCGCCUCCCUAUCAGGACCUCCUCUUCUCUUGUUUUUAUGCUCCUGCUGGUGUAAAUGGGCCAGAAUCUGAGCCUAGUUUCUUUUCUGAUUGACCUCCAAGAGCCUCAUAGAGGCUUCAAAGAGUUUUCUGCCUCUAUUUAAGACCCAAAACAUUAUUUCAAGUUUUUCCAAAAGAAAUUGAGAUGGUUCAGAAAUAAAAAAACUACCUAAACUUCUUCCACCUACAGGUUCAGA